GAAGCCAUCAUCUGGCAGUUUAUAUUUUACAAUUUCCAUGUGGCUAAGAGGCAAUGGCGACUAAUUUGAAACGUCUUUCGUUGUCACGGGAAGGAAUUUAUUUGGCUUAUGCAGGUAUAGAUGGAAGAUUAAAAAUAUGGAAUACCGAAACUGGUAUACUAAUGCACGAAUAUACACCGAGUUCGCAUUUAUCGACCACGUGUACUUGUCUUGUAUGGUCUCCAACAAGGAACGAUCGAAGAGAAUAUAAAAAGAAGAAGAAAAAAAGAGCAUCUGAGGACAAUGAAGAACAAAUUAUUGCAGUUGGUACUACUACAGGAAAUAUUUUAUUUUUUAAUGUAUUAAAGGGAGAACUAAAUUCAGAAAUGGUUGGGGGCCAUAAAAGUGUUAUUAAUGAUAUAGCCUGGCAAACAGAAACAGAUUCCUUAUUUUCUUGUUCUAGUGAUCAGUAUAUUGUCCAAUGGGAGUUAUCUUCGCAUAAAAUCAAAUAUAAAUGGAAAGCUGAUAGACAUAGCAUAUAUUCUAUAUGUUUAGUAGAUGAAAAUACUCUUCUUUCAGCAAGUUCUAAUAUAAAAUGCUGGGAUCUUAAAAAUAAAGUUAUUUUGAAGAAAUUUGUUGGUCAUGCUACAGAAGUAUUUUGUUUGCUUCACGUUGGACUUGGUGAAAAAUUGAACAAAGAAACAAGUGAAGGAAAUUAUUUCUUUUCUUCUGCUAUUAAUGACAGAAUUGUCAAUGUUUGGCAAGUCAGAAAAGAAAGCAGUUCAGACUCUCUUGCAGCUUUUACUUUAGCUGAUGAGCCUGUUUAUUUGGAAGUUUGCUGUACUAAUCAGAGAGUAUCAGGUGUUGUGUUCAACUAUAGGUCUUUGUUUCUUAGUGAGCUGGAUAUUCUGUUGUGUGGUGAUUCUUUUGAUACGGAUGAGGAAAUUGGCAAUGUAAAUGACAGCAAUGGUGAUUUAUUAUUUGAGAAUGAAGAUGAAGAUAUAAUGAAAUCAAGUAUAUCCGACGAAGAUGAUCUAGAUUUGCAAUCAGAAUCAGAUUGUACAUCGGUUGAUGUCACUAAACUGUCUUGGACAACACAGAUAGACAAUUCCAAAAAAUGCAAAACUCCAUUGAAACCACUUUAUACAGUUCAGAUAGCUUCUGAAGAAGGAAAAAAUUCAAGUACGAAAAAAAAAUCUCUUCCAAUAUUAACAGCUCGAAUAUGUCCAGAGACUAGUAAUGAAAUUCUUAUUGCCUAUGGAAAUUUAUUGAGACCUAAAUUUGAAAAAAUUAAAUUAACAGAAUGCAACACUCAUACAGUUUUAAUAAGAGAAUUUUCAAAUAAUUCAUGUAAUGAGGAGAAAGGAAUAGACAUGAGAGUUUUUGAUGCUAAUCACGAAAUAAUGACUCAAACUAUAAAAAUGUUACCGAUUUCUUCAAUACAACCUUUAUUAAAACAACUUCAGCACAGAUUGCAAACACCAACUUUUGCGAAUCGUAUAAAAUAUUUAAAAUGGCUGAAAACUACUUUAUUAUUUCAUACUAUGUAUGUUUCAAAGUGCCAAGAAUUAGAAGAUUUGCUUACACCAGUUAGUCAUCUUCUAGCAUCCAGGAGUGAGAGUUUUCAAAAGUUGCUCCAGCUCAAAGGAAGAUUAAGUGUAAUAUUAUCACAGAUGGAAUUAAGAAAAUAUGGGACAUCAGAAGUAUCAACUGAACCUCUCAUUUUACAUCAAGAAGGUAGAUGAUUUAUUUGUUACAUAUUAGA